CUGCCACCGGAAGACGACUGAUUUUUUGAUUGGCUAGUCAGGACGUCCGUUAGGACGUGUUGCGCUUUUGGUGUGCACUCCGAGCGUGGGCGGCCCGGUGGGGGUGUGUGGCCGCGGUUUCCAGACCCGGGACCAACACCCCAGCCCCUUCCAUCAGGGGUUCGGCUUAGGGUCGCCCCUGGCGGGCGGCUCUCGAAUCUUGAAGAACAGCACGCGAACCCGGACCCUCCCGGGGCUGCGGAGGUCGGCAGGAAGAUGGCGGCAGCGUCGGUCUCUGAGACUUCGGCUUCUCAGUUCUCGGCCGGGCCCGUCACUCCCCACCUGCUGCUUUCGUCUUUCGGCCUAGCCGCCCAGAUUGCCGAACGUUGCCUGGACUCGCAGGGAUGACUACCUACACCUUGGCCUGCGAGAACAGGGCUCCUGGGUCUCGUGGGUGCAACGGCCCCUCUUGGAAAUUCUCCGAAACCAGGUCUUUCUACCAAAAGGAAGUCACCUACAAAAAGCAAAACAGUCAGCAUCCCCUGCACUGAAAAUUAUCUGUGGAAUGUAAUCCCAAAUUGAACGAACAUCUUAGCAGAACCAUCAAAGUCUAAUGGAAGUAUGGUUCACGAUUCCUCAUCUCCAUAUGUAAUAUAUCCACCUGAUAAGCCUUUCCUUAAUAGUGAUCUGCGACGUUCCCCAAAUAAGCCUACAUUUGCCUAUCCAGAAAGCAACAGCAGAGCUAUAUUUUCUGCUCUGAAGAAUCUUCAAGAUAAAAUUCGACGUUUAGAACUUGAAAGGAUUCAGGCAGAAGAAAGUGUGAAAACCUUGUCUAAAGAAACAAUUGAAUAUAAGAAAGUACUGGAUGAACAGAUACAAGAAAGGGAGAAUUCAAAGAAUGAGGAAUCAAAGCACAAUCAAGAGCUGACAUCUCAGCUGUUAGCUGCAGAAAAUAAAUGUAAUCUUUUAGAAAAACAAUUGGCAUACAUGCGUAACAUGAUAAAGCAUGCAGAAAUGGAGAGGACAUCUGUAUUAGAGAAACAGGUUUCCCUAGAAAGAGAACGACAACAUGAUCAGACGCAUGUUCAAAACCAACUUGAAAAAUUGGAUCUUCUUGAACAGGAGUAUAACAAGCUUACCACAAUGCAGGCCCUUGCAGAAAAAAAAAUGCAAGAGUUAGAAGCAAAACUCCAUCAAGAAGAACAGGAAAGGAAACGUAUGCAAGCUAAGGCAGCCCAGUUGCAGACUGGUCUAGAAACAAAUAGACUUAUCUUUGAAGAUAAGGCAACUUCAUGUGUUCCCAAUGCAAAAAGAAUUAAAAAAAAGAAGUCAAAACCACCAGAAAAGAAAGGUUCUAGGAACUAUUUUGCUGCACAACCACAUUAUAGAUUAUGCUUGGGUGAUAUGCCAUUUGUAGCUGGAAAGUCCACCAGCCCCAGCCAUGCCGUGGUAGCCAAUGUUCAGCAUGUCUUACAUCUAAUGAAGCAACACAGUAAAGUCUUGUGCAAUGAUCGAGUAGUCAGCAGUGUUCCUUUGGCAAAGCAAGUGUCUUCACGAAGUGGGAAAAGUAAGAAGUCAGCAGCGCCUUCCCCCUCUAGCAGCAUUAAUGAAGAGCUGGCAGAAGUCUUAGAGACUUUACAAGAUGAAUUUGGGCAGAUGAGCUUUGAUCACCAGCAGCUUGCGAAACUUAUCCAAGAAUCACCAACCACUGAACUGAAAGACAACCUAGAGUGCGAACUGGAGGCGUUAGUGGGCAGGAUGGAGGCAAAGGCCAAUCAAAUAACUAAAGUUCGAAAAUAUCAAGCCCAGCUGGAGAAACAGAAGUUGGAGAAGCAGAAGAGGGAAUUAAGAACCACCAAAAAGACUCUUGAUGAAGAAGGAAACAGCAGCGGCCGUUCUUCUGCAACCACAGGGACCACAAAUAAGAAGGACUUUGCCAAACCGAGACCUGGAGAAAAAAGCAGGAAAAAUCUUCAGUUGUUGAAGGACAUGCAAACCAUACAGAAUUCUUUACAGAGCAAUAGUCUGUGUUGGGAUUACUGACUGGUACCAGGCCAUAAAUGUUAUUCACAUAAUCCGUACCUCAUCAGUCAGAUGUUGACAGUUUACUUUCCAGGUCUCAUACUCUUAGGUUGGAAUUAAUUAAUAGCAGGUAUUAAGGGGCCCAAGCUUCAUUACACAGGCUUCUUGUGUUACGUAUCACAACUAAAUGUUAAACCAUCUAAAUGGAAACCAGGGGAGUUUUAAAGGCGAAGAAGCCACACAUACUCUGUUUCUUUGAGAUGAAUUUGCUGUACUGAGAUAUUGCACUUUGUAAACAGAUUACCAAUUUUUUACUUGUGGGUGUGAUUUUUUUUAAAUAGUUCUAUAUAUCUAAGUAAAAUGAGGUUUAAAGUAUCAAAGUAUGAGGCUGUCCCAUAGGCGGUGUUUGAAAAGUGUCAUUUUUAAAUCUUCCCCUGGCGUGAAUCGCCCACUUCUCCUUUUCAAUGCAACCAUUAAAUGUACUUUGUUUCAACUAUUGAUGAAGGUUUUCUAUAUUUAAAUAUUUAUACAUAUUUAAGAGGAUUGUUUUCUUUUGCUCUUUGACACUUCAAACAUUGAUCAGUGUUAAAUACACCUUUAUCGAUGUUAAUCCACCAUUAAAAUUUUUUUGAAGACCGAAGCAUUCAUUUUAAAUCAGUUAACUGUGAAGAUUACAAAAGCAUGUUUAAAACUAUAAACAAAUUGUAAAUGAAGUAAAUGAGGUUUUAGAAUGAAGAGAGAACGGGAGGUGUUGUAAAGCAUAUAUGUUUGUAUUUUUAGAUAAUACCUGUUUGUAAUCAUGCUAUUUAUUUCAAGGCAUUAUCGUUUUUAAUCUUAAAACUUAGAAGAACCCCUUGGCUAUUUACUUUUAUUGGUGUACAGUGUGAGUGCAACAUUAACUGUACACAUGCAAUUGUCAUUGUGUUAAUAAUGUAAAUCAUAAUUUUGAAUAGAUCAAGACAUGUUAACUUUUUAUAAAUUUGCCACUGAAAUCAAUAAAGCAGCUUUUUUAAGGAAA